GGUUCGGUGGCCCGCCGUACGGAGGUGGCGGCCCACGUGGCGCCCCGUACGGCGCCCCUCCCGUACGUGGAUCGUUCCCGCCUCCGCCGCCAGAUUCCCGGUUCGAUGACGCUUUCGGGCAGCACCCUCUGCCUGGACGGCGGCCGCCUGGUGCUGACGAAAGGGGUGCAUGGGGAGCCCCCCGGGGCCACCCUCCCCCACCGCCGCCUCCGCCCCCGCCGCCGCCACCACAGCAGCCGCAACAACAACAACAGCUGCCGCCGGCGCAACCCCAGCAGCAGCCCCAAGCCUUGCCCUUCAUGGAUGGUGACCGGCCGCGUUUGAAGUUGCACCCACGCUCUACCAGCAUCAAGGCAAUUCCCGGGGACGAGGGCGCCGGGGUGGCAGGAGAGGCGACGGUGCCUCCCAGCGGCGCCGAAACCACGCCCGCUGCCACCGCUGGCGAGACUGUUGCUCCUGCUGCCGAGUCCAGCAGCGGUUCAGAUGCCCCGACGGCUGCCGCCUCCGCCGCGACCAGCGCCGCUGCCUCCGCCGCCGCCGCCGCCGCAGCAGCAGCCAACAAGCCCAAGUCGAACCCCUUUGGCGCCGCUCGUCCGGUGGAUACCGUUGCGCGCGAGCGUGAAAUUGAGGAGCGCAUGGCUCGAGAACGCGUGGGAGUCGACUUCAAGGAGAAUCGGGUUGCCGGGCGCGGUAGUGGCGGGCUACCGUCACACCCGCCGUCGCUACCAGGCAUGCCUCCGCUUGGGGGCCUGCCGGGAGCGGAGGGAGGCAUGCCGCCUCCGCCGCUGCCGGGUAUGGUAGCGCCGCCGCCGCCGCCGCACAUGGCGCCGCCGGCGCCGCUGCCACUGCCCUUGGGCAUGCCGCCGCCGCCGUUGCCGCAUAUGUAUGGGUUGGAGAUGGCGGCGGCGGCCGUCGGAGGUAGCAACGGCUUCGAUCGGCCGCCGGUGGCGCCGGUGCACUCCGCGCACUUGCACUCGCACUUGUUAGAUCACCCACACCAGAUGGUGCAUGCAGCGCCGCCGCCGGGUCUAGCGCCGCCGCCGCCGCCACCGCAGCAGCAACAGCAGCUGCCGCCGGCGCCAAUGAUGCCGGUCGCGGUUCCGUUGGUGUCGGUGCCCAACCACCACGCGACUCAACCGCCGCCGCCACCUCCGCCGGCUCGACAACAGCCGCCGCCACCGCCAGCGCCGUCGGCAGUUCCACAGCAACCGCAGCAGCCGCCCCCGCCGCUGCACCAUGCAGCUGCAGGCAUAUCGUUGAUGGCGCCGCCGCCGCCGCAGCAGCAGCAACACCCGCCACCACCACCUCCCAUGCAGCAGCAGCCACCGCCGCCGCCGCCGCAGCAGCACCACCCUCAGCUCGUGCAGCAGCAACCGCCGCCAGCAAUUCCGUACUCUGUGCCGCUACAUCCGCCC